GGGCGGACGUUCGAACGGACAUCUACAUGGUCCACAACGGGUUCAGCGAGGUCAGGCGGUGGAGGAGGAGGAGGAGGAGGAGGGGCAGGAGACCAUCGAUCUGUCAGUCCAACUGGACCUACCUUGCUGGAUUUCGGAACAAUAUCAGAUUACGUGAUACCUAAAAAGAGUCUCUAUGGACGGUUGGUCGUCGCUCUGACUACAGGUGGUGGCGGAGGAGGUGGUGGUGGGAUGGACGAUGAACGGGCCGAAUAUCGGAUCAUGGGGUUUCCGAGCUUGUUGACGGGUGAAGGCGGACGAUACUCGCGAAACGAAUACAUGUGGAAUCUAUGUUUCGUUUUCCACGGGAGUAGUAGCUUGGAAGCAUUUGAACCAGUUGUCAGAAAGUGUGGGAGGAUACUGAAGAGUGCAGAGCUUGACUCGUCCUAUCUGUCUUCGCCUGAACCCUAUCACACUCCACUCUCUGCCGUUCUGGAACAGCUUUUCGAGGACCUCAACUCGUACUCUGAAACGUCUAUUCCUCUGGACGGUUUCAACUCUUUAGAACUCAAACUUUUUCCCUACUUUCCGAACCCGCCAGACUGCAGCGACUGGCACGUCCCAAUACCCCUGGUCAAUCUUGACGCGUUCAGAGACGACAAUUGGGACAUCACUGCCUCUCGCGUAGCUGAGCAUAUCGAUGGAGUAAACCAUGUCAAACGAAUUGCAGAGCUAGCCGAUGCGGAUAUCGCCUUGACUCGAGAGACACUCCGGCACAUGUUGUUCUACCAAGUGGUCAUGAUGAUUGACAUUUUCCAAUACUCCAACAUGUACACUUUGAAACCCUCCAUCGCUCGAUUAGGUUCUGACGAAUCAGUCACGAGCGAAUGUGCAGCGUACGUCACUCGCCCAGGGUACUCUCGUCAACCUUGGCCGACUCUCUUACGUCUCUACUCUCAUCUCGUCCCUGGUCUGACGAUUCACGAAUGGAUCGAAAAGUAUCAUACUCAAGCUCUUGGUAUCGACCCUAGACGAUUUGUGUCUUUUGGAAUCAUCAAAGGCUUCCUCCGUCGUGUACAUCGUUGGCCUGUUCUGAUGGAGAAAUCUACCCUUUUGUCUGGAGAUGGAGAGCCUAGACGACGGGUCGAGUUCGACAAGGUCCCACGGAUCGAAUCGUCGCUUUCGACUCGAUCGACCAAACUUGAUGCGACAGCUCGAUCAGGCGGUGAGAGUACAUUUACUCUUCGAUCCAUGGAAUCUAAUCAAUCCCUCGGUGUCUCUCCUUCGAGGACCCCAUCAACACUUACCAAAUCACCUUCUCGUCGUGGUCAUCAACCGAAUUUCACCAACGUCAAAGACUCGUUCCCGUCCGUCCAUUCAGCAGGAGAAGCCAGUAUACCUUCCAAGAAAUCUGGAGGGGUCAUGAAGACUGGAGCGAUGAAGUUGAAGGAAAGACAAGAUAAAUUGAUGGAGGAGGAUCUGAUAGGCAUGUUAGAUGGAAGUCAUCACACGGAUGAAAUCCAGGUCAGGUUUGGUCUCAGUUGGAAAGAGUUGGACAAGGUAAUCCGGGGGAGCGAUAGAGGAGCAAAGGAUGGUGUCGUAGUUGUCUAUCGCUAGCGCUGAAUAUCGAUCUUGAUCUGUGUCGUCGUAUCUACCAUACCUGUACAGACCUGUUCUCCGCUGCCACGGACUCGCUCCUAUUAUUCGGCGUUCGCCGACGAUGACGCACCAUACAUAUCCCGAUCGACACC